AUUGUAAAUGAUAUUGAAGGUCCGAUGAAGAGGUUCUCUGGCUAGAGCAGUUAGAUCCCUAGUGCAAGAGAUAGACUUUGGUAGGUGGGUAAGAUUUAAGAAAAUAAAUGCUCAAAUACAAUAAUACCUCUGCGAGGGUCUAGAAUAAUGUGAGGAGUAUCUGUGCACCUGCCAACCAGCUUAGGAAGUAAACACUGCCUACCCAGUGAAAAGCCCUCUUUGUGCUCCAUCCUGAGCAUGACACCCCACUCCACCCCCAGCCAUGGUCUUGAAUUAGAUAUUUAUUUCUCUAAGUAGGGUUUUGAGAGAGAAACAUGGGGAAUCAGGAGGAAGGGACAGCAAGAGCACAGGCCCAGAGCAGGAAAGCACGGGACAGGCUUUAUGAGUGGUGAGUUGCCAUCUCCUUUGCCAGAUCAGAUCUGCCCGUGAGUAGGGGAAUGACCGAGGGCCAGAGCGGGCAGAGUGCCAGCGAGUGAGUGGAAGGCGGGUAAUUUGGUAGCAGUGAGUUUCCACGACUUUUUGGAGCAGAAGAGCACUACGAUCAGAAGUACACUUUAGGAGGUUAACUUGGCAGCAGAGUAUGGGCUGGGUGAGUGCGGGAAGGUUCAGGAAAGGCCAGGGUGGAAGUGCAGUGGUAAGAAGAAACCAGGGUUUGAGCUGGGGUUCUGGGAGAGGGGACGCCAACCUCACCAGCUUUGCCUUCCACAUGCUCCCCCACCCCCUCAGUCACAGACCCAUGGUCUCUUCACUCCUUUGUAUACCUCUUCCGUGGCACUUGUCACAUGUUUUGUAAGUCACAUUUACUUCCUCGUGUCCCUGGCUAGUCCAGGGGCUCCAUUUUGUCCUGUGUGUCUUUGUGGCCUUGGCAUGUAGGUGCUGCUGGGUGAGUGGCGCUAACUGGCUGCAGGUGGAAAUGAGUAAGGGGGGCGGGGGGAGGCUCCCUGAGACCCUGCAGCCCGAGAGUGCGGGGCAGGGAGGACCGUUGUGUGGCACCUCCGGCAGCAGUUGGAAAUACGGCUCUAGAGCUUGGGAACAGUCAGCCGAGACACAGAUUUCGGGGCCCACUUCCUUCAGGAAGAAUCUAGAAGUUUGAAAGGCCAGCAGGAGUAACUAGCGGGGCUGGGAGAAGCACAGGGAGAAAGGAGUCUGGUGUUCUAUAGACAAGCCCACAUCCUGUUGUAGGGUUUGUCCCGACCGUAUCAGACUAGCCGAAAGAGGAACCUGAACUGUUCGAACCUCAUCUGUCAUGCAGAACUGAUGUGCUCUUGAGCUAAGCCAACUUUGUUUGUAGACGACCCUGACUUACGCUGGUUCAACCUAACGACUGUUGGACUUGACGAGGGUGUGAAAGCGGUGUGCAUUCCGUAGGUAGCGUACUUGGAAUUUUGAAUUUGUCUGGCCGCGGGCUCACGAUCUGCGGUCCCACCCUCCCAUGACGCUGAGCAGUGGCCGCAGCUCCCCACGUGAUCAUGAGGUUCAGCAACCAGUAUGCUGACCGCCACCUGUGCCCCCACGGCCGUUCUGUUUGUCACUCUCAGUGCGGUAGUGAGGAGAUGACAUGGGUCGUCAGCGCUCCGUCAUAAACUAGGCUUUGUGUUGGGGCGCCUGUUUGGCCCAGUCGGUAGGGCACGCGAUGCUUGGUCUCAGGGUUGUGAGUUCAAGCCCCAUGAGUGGCACCUCGAGGGUCUGUUCCUGUCCGGUGCCCGGUCCCUGGUGGCAGAGGGACCGAGUAAGCGCUGACUAAUGCUUGCCAUCGGACAGCAGCUUUCGUCAGUGUGAACACAGCUGAGGCCGAGCCACUUUAUUCAUUACCAGCCUUUAUGGAGCACCUUGGGGAUGGGAAGCCACGAAGUCACUUCGCUUUCCUCUUUUAGGAUUUCGCAGGUGUACAGAAGUCAGUCUUCACAAAUAUUGGAUGUGCGAAACAGUAGUGAUGGGGACACUGGUGGGAGGGGACCCAACAGGCCUCUGUGGGGCUCGGGGAGAUGCGCAGAGAAUGUUUCCUGGAGGAGAGAGGACUCAGGAGCUGCGCUUCAAAGGAAGAGUUAACCAGACGCAGAAUGUUCAGCUCAACAAAGAAAUGACACUUGCCAGCAAUCGGAGCCUGGCAGAAGGAAACCUUCUGUACCAGCCCCAACUGGAUGCCCUGAAAGCACGUUUGACCCAAAAAUACCAGGAACUCCAGGUUCUCUUUGAAGCCUAUCAGAUAAAGAAGACCAAAUUAGACAAGCAGUCUAGCAGCGCUUCCUUGGAGACCCUGCUGGCGCUCCUGCAGGCAGAAGGGGCCAAGAUUGAGGAAGACACCGAGAACAUGGCAGAGAAGUUUCUUGAUGGAGAGCUUCCUCUGGACUCCUUCAUCGAGGUCUAUCAGAGCCAGCGGAAACUGGCCCACACUCGAAGAGUUAAAAUCGAGAAGCUCCAGGAGCUGGUGCUGAAGGGGCAGAGACUUCCACAGGCUUCUGUGCUGGCCCCACUGCUGCCCAGGGUGCCCGAGCCGGCGCCCGCUGCCCCCCUGCCCUACCCUACCUCGGAGGCCAGCGGGCCUCCCUCCAUGCUACCUCGGCGCAUCCCCCCGCCACCGCCCCCGGUGCCUGCAGGACGCUUGGCCACGCCAUUUACCACCGCCAUGGGCUCAGGACAGGCCCUCCCGUACCCAGGGUCACAGUGCCCUCCCCUGCCCCCCCGCGUGGGCCUGCCCCCCCCGCAAGGAUUCGCCGCGCAGUUCGUGUCUCCGUACCCGCCCGCUCUCCCCCAGAGACCCCCGCCCCGGCUGCCUCCACACCAGCCAGGCUUCAUCCUCCAGUGAGCCUCCCCCGUCCUUCCUGGGAGGCUGCACCUGCCGGCCGGGGCUCUGCACACACAGGCUGCGAGGACCAGGGGGCCGGUGCCCUGGGCCAGCACGUCCAUUUGAUUUUAGAGCUGUAGGUCAGCGGUAAGUAGCCGUAGGCCCCCGGUUUUGUACCCAGGAGGUUGUGUGUGCAAGGCCUCGGCCUGGCAUCCCCACGGUCGCAUUGGUUGGUUUUCGGUAUGAUUUUUUAAGUCUUGUAAUGUUGAUGGACUCCUGAGUCUGGGGGAAAAGCGUCCCUCCCUCCCCACUUGGAAUUGUGGUCCUCCCAUUGCAACUUUAUUUAAUGAGCAUGCUCCAUCAUUUCUGCUUUGUUUGCAAAAGUCCAGGCCGUGCGGCCUCGCCCGCCGUGCGGCCUCGCCCGCCGCGCGCCACAGUCCCUGGUCAGGGUGGGUCAGGUGGGCUGGCCUGGAAGGUGCUUACUGAAUCUGGGGCCGGGGGUUGCCAGUCCCCCUUCCCCCCAAACCUGGAUGCUUCAAAGCCCCGUGCAGCGUUUGCACUAGGCCCACGGCCAGGUCCAGAGGCUGGGUGAAUUGCAGCCAGGCCGGAGGAGGUGGGUCUGAGCUGGGCCUUGCGCAGCGAUGCCCUCCACUCUUCUCUCCCGCCGCGGGCCAGCCCCUGACGGUUUCUACAAAGAAAUACGCCCCCCCCCCAAUAUUUUUACUACGUAAUUUUCCUAUUUUAUAUUGGCAAAGGAAACUUUUUGGACACAAGACCAUUCAGGGAAACUUUAUAAAAAUGCAAAUAUUGUUUUGAGCAGAUUGAAGUACGGAAGUGAAUGCCAUUUCCUUUUUUACAAGCAGUGUAUGGCCACACCUGUGGGUGCCUGUGCUGUGCCUUAGUUUCCCCUGGUGCCAGGGAGGGGCCGGCCCCGGCUCCCCUGCAGGCCCCCAGGCUGGGCAGGCAGAGGGGUAGCUCCUGUAAGCGGCUUUAUGUUCCCAGGGGGGCUUGUUCGUUGUGUUACCAGCGGAAGCAGCCUGUCCCCCGCCCCCCCGUGGACCAAGAUCCUUGUAGCCAGUCUUCUCUUCUGCUGGGGCCUCCAGGCAGGAGGGGGACGAGGGACUCGAGCAGCAUCUCAGCUGGGGCCGGAGCCAGCCAGCACCAGGAUCCUCAGAGGGUGCCAACGAACUCGGACGCACUGGCCACACCCCCGGCUUUUCCUGGCCCUUUAGGGUUGCACCGGCCCAGGUGACAGUUGAGACAGAGCACGCAGGGGGUCGGUCCCAGCAGGCCAGGGCCGAGGCCACCAUGCUUUGUCUUCAGCUGCCCUGGGCGUGAACACCCCUGUACCAUCACGGUUUGUAGCGCUGGGGGGGGACGGUUUACUGCCCUGCCACUCAGAGUUCUGGGAAGCUUGAGAUUGGUGCUCCCGCCAUCCCUCCACCACCCGCCCCGAGGUCGGGGGAUGCCCACAACCUGUGCCGGGUGUAGCCAAAUGCGUGAGCUCAGUGUGGAUGUGGGGAAGGGGCUGCCAGGCUGGCCUCGUCUCUCUCCAGGGCCAUGCCUGAGCCGGGGCUGUAAAGCUGGAGGACCCUUUUUAAUAAAUAGAGAAUUAACGAUG